AUGUCUGUGCGCUUCUUCAACACCGACUACUGCAUUCACUUCUGCAAAUCCCUCUCUUUGGCUCCGUCGAGAAGCUUUCUAUUUUGCUUUCAGAUCUCAACGUCCGCCACCAUGUCUUAUCGGCCCAACUACCAAGGUGGCCGUCGAGGCGGCGGAGGACGUGGCGGUGGUGGAGGCCGCCGUGGUGGCGGAGGAGGAGGCGGACGCGGCGAGCAACGUUGGUGGGACCCGGUAUGGCGUGCUGAGCGUCUUCGACAGAAGGCAGUCGAGAUGGAGGUGCUUGAUGAGAAUGAGUGGUGGGGGAAGAUGGAGCAAAUGAAGAGAGGAGGAGAGCCAGAGAUGGUAAUUAAACGGAACUUCAGUAGAUCGGACCAGCAGAUUUUGUCUGACAUGGCUUACCAGCUAGGGCUUUACUUCCAUGCGUAUAAUAAAGGAAAGGCACUUGUUGUGAGCAAAGUUCCAUUGCCAAAUUACCGGGCAGAUCUAGAUGAAAGCCAUGGAUCCACACAGAAAGAGAUACAAAUGUCUUCAGAGACUGAGAGGCGACUUGGAAAUCUAUUGGACAGCUCGCAAAGGGUGGUAUCUGUCAAUAACACCUCUAGUGCAUCUACUCGGGGAAUACAACAAUCAUCUCGUGGUGUAGAUAUAACAAGACCUGCCUCAAGGUUGGAAAUUGGUACAGCCAAGGAGGGACUUAGCAUUGAACUUAAAGAGAGGCAGGAAAAAUUGAAGGCAAGUGAUAGUGUAAAGGUGAUGCAAUCUUUCAGAGAAAAGCUUCCUGCAUUCAAAGUGAAGUCUGAGUUUUUGAAAGCCGUCACUGCAAAUCAGGUAUUGGUAGUUUCGGGAGAAACAGGUUGUGGCAAAACAACACAACUUCCUCAGUUCAUUCUAGAGGAGGAGAUAUCAUCCCUACGUGGUGCCAAUUGCAGCAUAAUAUGUACUCAACCUCGUCGUAUAUCUGCCAUAUCUGUUGCAGCUCGAAUAUCCUCUGAAAAGGGAGAGAAUCUUGGUGAGACUGUUGGUUACCAGAUCCGUCUUGAGUCAAAGCGCUCUGCCCAAACAAGGUUGCUAUUUUGCACUACAGGAGUAUUACUUCGGCAUCUGGUUGAGGAUUCAGAGUUAAAAGGGGUUAGCCAUUUACUGGUGGAUGAAAUCCAUGAAAGAGGCAUGAAUGAGGACUUUCUCUUAAUAAUUUUGCGUGACCUCCUUCCUCGGCGUCCGGAUCUACGUGUUAUUCUGAUGAGUGCAACUAUUAAUGCUGACUUGUUCUCCAAAUACUUCGGAAAUGCCCCAACUCUUCAUAUCCUGGGAUUGACUUUUCCGGUGACGGAGUUAUUUUUGGAAGAUGUGUUGGAGAAAUCUCGUUAUAGUAUCAAAUCAGAGGGUGACAGCUUUCAAGGGAAUUCAAGGAGAAGAAGAAGACAACAAGAGUCUAAGAAAGAUCCUCUAACUGAAAUGUUUGAGGACGUGGACAUUGAUUCUCAUUACAAGAAAUACAGUGGUAGUACAAGACAAUCUCUUGAAGCUUGGUCCGGUUCACAGCUUGAUUUGGGACUUGUGGAAGCAACAAUUGAACAUAUCAGCCGCCACGAAGGUGAUGGAGCAAUUCUUGUAUUCCUCACUGGCUGGGAUGACAUUUCUAAGUUGCUUGAGAAAGUUAAAGCGAAUAAUUUUCUCAGAGAUCCUAGCAAGUUUCUAGUCCUUCCUGUUCAUGGUUCAAUGCCUAACAUCAAUCAACGUGAAAUAUUUGAUCGUCCACCCAUCAACAUGAGAAAAAUUGUGCUAGCGACAAACAUUGCUGAGAGUAGUAUAACAGUAGAUGAUGUUGUAUAUGUCAUAGACUGUGGAAAGGCAAAGGAGACUAGUUAUGAUGCUCUAAACAAGCUGGCUUGUUUAUUACCAUCAUGGAUUUCAAAGGCUUCAGCACACCAGAGACGUGGCCGUGCUGGUCGUGUACAGCCUGGGGUUUGUUAUCGACUGUACCCAAAAUUGAUCCAUGAUGCUAUGCCCCAGUAUCAGCCACCUGAAAUUCUUCGAACACCUCUGCAAGAGCUAUGCCUGCAUAUCAAGAGCUUGCAGCUUGGAGCUAUUGAAUCGUUUCUGGCUAAGGCGCUUCAGCCUCCAGAUACUCUCUCUGUCCAAAAUGCUAUUGAACUUUUAAAGACACUUGGCGCUCUAGAUGAUAAUGAAGAACUUACUCCACUAGGACGCCAUCUGUGCACUCUGCCUUUGGACCCUAAUAUUGGAAAGAUGCUUCUCAUGGGUUCUAUUUUUCAAUGCCUAAAUCCGGCGUUAACAAUUGCCUCAGCUCUUGCACAUCGUGACCCAUUUGUCCUUCCAAUAAAUAGGAAAGAGGAAGCUGAUGCCGCGAAAAGAUCCUUUGCUGGUGAUUCUUGCAGCGACCACAUAGCUCUUCUCAAAGCAUUUGAAGGAUGGAAGGAUGCAAAGCGCCACGGAAACGAAAGAGCUUUUUGUUGGGAAAAUUUCUUAUCACCAGUAACCUUGCAAAUGAUGGAAGAUAUGAGAAACCAAUUUCUAGAUCUUCUUUCAGAUAGUGGAUUUGUAGAUAGAUCAAGGGGUGCUAAUGCUUAUAACCAAUAUAGCAAUGAUUUGGAGAUGGUGUCUGCUAUCCUUUGUGCUGGGCUCUACCCAAAUGUUGUGCAAUGCAAAAGAAGAGGAAAGCGGGCAGCACUGUACACCAAGGAAGUUGGAAAAGUCGAUAUCCACCCUGCAUCUGUGAAUGCUGGAGUUUUUCUUUUCCCCCUUCCUUACAUGGUUUACAGUGAGAUGGUGAAAACUACCAACAUUUACAUACGAGAUUCAACAAACAUAUCUGACUAUGCUCUCCUUAUGUUCGGUGGGAAUCUUAUUCCUAGCAAAACUGGAGACGGUAUUGAAAUGCUUGGAGGGUACCUGCAUUUCUCUGCAUCAAAGAGUGUGUUGGAGUUAAUAAGGAAACUGCGAGGGGAGCUUGACAAACUUCUAAAGAGGAAGAUCGAGGAACCUGGUCUGGACAUCUCUAUUGAGGGUAAAGGUGUAGUUGCUGCUCUGGUUGAGUUGCUUCACAGUCAGAAUGUACGGUACUAAUAUCUCUGUAUUUUCCCUUGACCUUAUAAGUAUAUUUUUUACAAUUUGUUUUAUGUACCUUCAUAAACAAAUUAACGGAAAACCUGAAA